AUGGCCCAGUCCCUCAUCCAAGCUUUCAACCUCCUCUCCACCGACUCUCGCGUCAAAACCAUCGUCCUCACAUCCUCUACCCAGAGCUCCAUCUUCUGCGCCGGAGCAGACCUCGAAAUCGGCCUCUCGUACACCCAGGAUACAGCCACCACCCAUCGAGACAUGGGUGGACAAGUCGCCCUCGCCAUUCACAACUGCAAAAAACCGGUUAUUGCCGCCAUUACUGGGUCGGCGGUCGGCGUAGGAAUCACCAUGACGUUACCGUGUGCUAUUCGUGUUGUGAGCGACAAGGCGAAGGUUGGGUUCGUGUUUGCGAGGAGGGGCAUUGUGAUGGAGGCUUGUUCGUCGUUCUUUCUACCUAGACUGGUGGGAUGGAGUAGGGCGAUGCAUUUAGUUACGACCGGCGCGGUGUACCGGGCUACCCAUAAGCUUUUCGGGGACUUGUUCACGGAGAUUGUGAAGCCAGAACAGGUGAUGGAGAAAGCGUUGGAGUUGGCGGAGGAAAUUUCGGGAAAGACCAGUACGGUUAGUACAACGUUGAUGAGGGACCUGAUGUGGAGGGGUCCGGGGACGGUGGAGGAGACGCAUUUACUUGAGAGUAGGGUUUUGUGGGAGCUUUUUGGGGGAAGGGAUAAGAAGGAGGGGGUAGAGAGUUUUGUGGGGAAGAGAGAGGUGAGUUUUGAGGGGAAUAUGGAGGAUGAUAAGCCGGAGGUUUGGCCUUGGUGGGAGAGGGUUGAUGUGAAGGUUCCGGAGAUGGAGAAGUCGAAAUUAUGA